GCACAAACCACGUGUUUCUAACGCGAGCUCCGGAAGUGUUUGUUAAAAGGAUUAAAGGGCAGAGUUGAAAAGCCGCGGGUGGAGAGCUGGUUGUGUGUCUGCAGGGAUGGAAGUAACCAGGAAAAAUUUUAAAGAGUGUCUGAAUACGAUAUACACCGCGAUACAAGAAGCCGAGUUCCUAGCCAUCGAUGGAGAAUUUUCAGGUAUCAGUGACGGCCCCUCCGUGAGUGCUUUGACGAAUGGUCUGGACACGCCAGAAGAGCGCUAUCAGAAACUGAAAAAGCAUUCCAUGGACUUCCUGCUGUUUCAGUUCGGUCUCUGUGCUUUUAAAUACAACCAUGCAGAAGCCAAAUACAUCAUUAAGUCUUUUAACUUUUAUGUUUUUCCAAAGCCGUUGAACAGAAGCUCCCCGGAUAUCAAGUUUGUCUGUCAGAGUUCAAGUAUAGACUUUCUGGCCAAUCAGGGAUUUGAUUUCAACAAAGUGUUUUGUUGUGGUAUCCCCUAUCUGAACCAGGAGGAGGAGGGGCAGCUGAGGGAGCAGUACGAGGAGAGGCGGUCUCAGUCCAACGGAGCGGGAACCCCCUCCUUCAUGUCCCCCAACUCCUGCAAGGGGCCGGUUGUCAUUCCAGAGGAGCACAGAGCCUUCAUAGAGAGAGUCGUAGAGAAAGUUGAAAGCUUGUCAAACAGCGCAGAACAAUCCAGUGUGCAGCUGGACCCUUGUACUGGGUUUCAGAGGAAGCUAAUUUAUCAGACCUUGAACUGGAAAUUUUCCAAAGGCAUUCAUGUAGAAACCAUGGAAACAGAGAAGAAAGAGCGCUGCAUUUUAAUCAGCAAAGUGGAUGAGGAUGAAAGAAAAAAGAGAGAACGGCAGAAGCAGGAGAAGGAACAGGGAGAACUUACUGAUGCUGUGGGCUUCUCCAGAGUGAUUCAUGCCAUUUCCAAAUCGGGCAAGCUGGUCGUGGGUCACAACAUGCUGCUGGAUGUCAUGCACACCAUCCAUCAGUUUUACUGCCCGCUCCCCGAGGAGCUGAAUGGUUUUAAAGAAGUGACGUUGUGUGUGUUUCCCAGGCUUUUAGACACCAAACUCAUGGCAAGCACGCACCCAUUUAAGGAGCUCAUUCUCAACACGCCUCUCGCAGAGCUGGAAAAGAGGUUAAAAGAAGCGCCUUUCAAGUCCCCGAAAGUUGACAGCGCCGAGGGGUUCCUGAGCUACAACACUGCCUCGGAGCAGCUGCACGAAGCCGGUUACGAUGCCUACAUCACUGGGCUCUGCUUCAUCUCCAUGGCCAACUUCUUGGGUUCAUUCCUCAGCCCUCCUAAACCACACAUUUCUGCCAGAUCGAAGCUCAUUGAACCCUUUUUCAACAAACUCUUCCUCAUGAGAAUCGUUGACAUCCCCUACCUCAACCUGAGUGGGCCUGACUUGCAGCCAAAGCGAGACCACGUCCUUUACGUCACGUUUCCCAAAGAGUGGAAGACGAGCGAUCUCUACCAGCUCUUCAGUGCCUUCGGUAACAUUCAGGUGUCCUGGAUUGAUGACACCUCAGCGUUCGUGUCCCUGGGGCAAGUGGAUCAGGUGCAGAUCGCUGUGAACACCAGCAGGUACGCGGAGAGCUACCGCAUCCAGACCUACGCGGAGUACAUGGAGAGCAGACUGCAGGAGAAGCAAGGCAAGAGGAAGUGCUCAGAGGACAGCUGGAGGGAGCUGGAGAGCUGGAGAGCUCUUGCACUGCCAGCCGGCUCCGGGUUCAACAGCAAUAACAACGAAGUUGCUCCGGGGAAGAGAAGCAUGAGCCCCAUUCAGGAGGAGCUGGGCUCGGAUGAACUGGAGGAGGGCGAGAUCGACCGGGACGGAACCAGUAGCUGGACCAGCGCCGUGCCCGCGCGCCGCAAGACGACCAACAAGCACAAAAAGAUCAGGACCGACCCGGGUCCCAACCCUGCCGGCUCCACAGGGCUGUUUGAAGUCCCGCAGGUCUGGUAGAGCGGGCAGAGCGUGGGCUGGAACCAAGAGCCUUCAGAGAGAAGAGUUGUGAGGCAGCGGCAGCACUUAAAUACAUUUUAAAAAGCCAUAAGAAACUCUUCUGUCCUUGCAGAGUGAAUGAAAGCGGAGCAAGCGUGCGACCUCUUCUGUUCAACGCAUUGGCAGAAAGCUUAGGAAAAAAAAUCCUGAAGUGGUCUUUUGGUUCUCAAACCCCUGAUUUCUGUUUAUAUAGGUGAAUCUACGCGGGGGCGGGGCGGGGCGGGCGGUGGGGGGGUGGUAUUUGAACCCGGAUUCACAUUACAGUUCUAUUGUGCGAGUACUUUUUUUCUUUUUUGUUCUGUGUUGAAAGAAAAGAUUUUCCUAGCAAUUUAACAAAAUGUUUUAAUUUUAUUUUUAAUGAUGCUUCCCCAGAGAGCUGCUUUUCAUGAAUUAGGGUCCCUACUGAUGUACAGUAUAACAGUGCAAGCGGUAAAUGAAUGGUCUGAUAGAAAAGAAACACUAGAAUCACUAAGUUUAUGUGAGUGAGUUUGUUUGUUUGUUUUUAUUAUUAAUCAUCUUGCACAGUGUUUAAACACUGCCUCCUAUGUUUUUUGUUUUUUUCUAUAGAAAAUUGUUGCCUAAUUUCUGAGUUCUGUGUAGUUCAAGUCUAGAAUGUGCUUGAUUUAUUUGUGUACAUGUAGUGUGCUUUGUUCUUUCUUUCCCUUUUUCUUAUCAAGACCUGACUGUUGUCUCAAAAUAUUCUCUGCAGAUUACAGUAACUGUUUAGCUUGUAACGUAAAUGACUUUCUUUAGCAGAAAUUGUUUAAAACCUUCUUAUGAUGAUGUGAGUGCCAAUUAAGACAUACUUCCCAUAAAGUGAAAAAAAAAAAAAAUUAAAGACUUUUCUUACGAGA